AAAUGGCGAUAUCCUGCUACCGUUAUAUUCAUGGGAAUAAUGCCAGGAAUACAAUCGUCCUGCUGGAUAAACUGAACAUGUUGCGGACAUUUGUCGGACCCGGCCUGCCGCUUGGACUGGUAUUCCCUCUCUCGAAGCGGGUUGAGAACGCGUUAUAAGGAAGAGACGGUGUCGGCCAUAGAUCUCGAGUAAAUAUUUGACUCUUUCUCUCUUCUCAAAGGAAAGACAUGGUUCUCUCGCGCAUACUGGUCUCUGCAGGCAUCUGCUUGCUUUCAUCGUGUUCCUUCGUGUCUGGUCUUGCAUGGAAUGCUACCGAGUUCAUGUUCGUGUUCGGAGACUCGUACACGACUGAUGGGUAUAACGUCUCUGCUGGAGUAACCUCGCCUGAUCCAGGAUACACAUCUUCGAACGGCCUUAACUGGGUUGAGUUCUUGGGAACCACAUAUAAUCAGACGGAUAUUACUGUUUUCGACUUGGCGUCCGGAGGCGCAACCAUCGAUGCGGCCCUUGUCCCGCCUUAUUUGCCUACUGUCUUGUCCGUAGUCGACCAAGUCACUCAAUUCAAUGAGUACUUGGCAUCGAAGCCCUACGGUGCAGAAUGGGACAGUUCAAAUAGUUUGUUCGCUAUCUGGAUCGGUAUCAACGACGUCGGAAACUCAGUCGGCUGGACCAACAUUACCCAGUUUGAAUUUUAUGGAGUUCUCAUGGAUAGAUUAUUCACACAGGUUGAAGACCUUUACCAGAAUGGGGCUCGCUCUUUCCUUUUCGUCACCGUCCCCCCUACCGACAGAGCCCCACUCUUCCUAGAACAAGGACCGGAAGCCGCAGCCCAGAUGUACUCGGACAUUGCUAACUACAACACCCAGCUCACUCAAAGUGUACGGACAUUCGAGGCUACUCAUUCCGAUUUGAGUUCAGUUACCGUCUUUGAUUCUCAACCCAUAUUCAACACGCUCCUGGAUGAAUGGCAAACGUUUGGCUUUGUAAACGUCACAGGAUACUGUGCUGCUUAUGAAAAUGGCACACCCACGCAGACAACACAAGUCGAAGGUUGCGCACCCGUGUCUAACUAUUUCUGGUUGAACACUUUGCAUCCCGUGUUUACUGUUCACAACAUCCUCGCAAAGGCCAUCUCAACCGCAUUGGCAGGAUAUACUGCACCUGUUAUUCCCACUUAAUCGGCACCUACAUACAACUUGAAGAACAUUGUAAACGAACGAUAAGGAAAUUAAAGUGAAUUUAUUGCUCU